CCCACGUCCACGUCGACGACCCGGGAAACCAAGAGAAGUUUGGCAUCUGCAGCUUCUUGAUCUUGAAGUUUCCGUCCUCCGACUUCCGUCGACCGCCCUCCGUCCCCACGACUCCCCGGGUCAAUUGACAGUCCACCAUCUUCAUCAUGUCUCGCAUCCUCCGACCUGCAGCUCGCCUAGCUGCCUCGACCCGAGUUCUUCGCGCUCCUGCCACUACCUCGUUCGCCCAGUCCGCCGCUGCCCGCGCUGCUCUCGCCAGGCCCGUCCUCUUCGGCUCUUCCCAGACCCGGUCUUACGCUGAGGGCUCCGGCUCUGGUGUCAAGGAGGUCACCGUCCGAGAUGCGCUCAAUGAGGCUCUUGCUGAGGAGCUCGAGGCCAACCCUAAGGUCUUCGUCCUUGGCGAGGAGGUCGCCCAGUACAACGGUGCUUACAAGGUGACCAAGGGUCUUCUGGACCGCUUCGGCGACCAGCGUGUCAUUGACACUCCCAUCACCGAGUCUGGCUUCUGUGGUCUUGCUGUUGGUGCCGCUCUCAGCGGUCUUCACCCCGUGUGCGAGUUCAUGACCUUCAACUUCGCCAUGCAAGCCAUCGAUCAGGUCAUCAACUCCGCCGCAAAGACCCUCUACAUGUCCGGUGGCAUUCAGCCCUGCAACAUCACCUUCCGUGGCCCCAACGGUUUCGCUGCUGGUGUCGGUGCCCAGCACUCCCAGGACUACUCCGCCUGGUACGGCAGCAUUCCCGGCCUCAAGGUCGUCUCUCCCUGGAGCGCCGAGGAUGCCAAGGGUCUUCUCAAGGCCGCUAUUCGCGACCCCAACCCCGUCGUCGUUCUCGAGAACGAGUUGAUGUACGGCCAGGCCUUCCCCAUGUCCGAGGCUGCCCAGAAGGACGACUUCGUCAUCCCCUUCGGCAAGGCCAAGAUUGAGCGCUCUGGAAAGGACCUGACCAUCGUCUCCCUGUCCCGCACUGUCGGUCAGUCCCUCGUUGCCGCCGAGAACCUCAAGAAGAAGUACGGUGUCGACGUUGAGGUCAUCAACCUGCGAUCCAUCAAGCCUCUCGACGUUGAGACCAUCAUCCAGUCCGUCAAGAAGACACACCGUCUCCUGUCUGUCGAGUCCGGCUUCCCCGCCUUCGGUGUCGGCUCCGAGAUCCUUGCUCUGACUAUGGAGUACGCUUUCGACUACCUUGACGCCCCCGCCCAGCGAGUCACUGGUUCCGAGGUCCCUACUCCUUAUGCCCAAAAGCUCGAGGAGAUGGCUUUCCCCACUGAGCAGCUGAUCGAGGACUACGCUGCCAAGCUGCUGCGACUGUAAAAAGGAGAAUAAGAGACGGGACGGGAACCGGUUCAGCCAUGAGCGCAUUCGUCCCUUGACGGCGCCCGUGCUCAUAUGACGAGUGAGGUAGAGGGUAAGAAGCGCUGAGCGUCAUCCCUUCAAGGGAUUGAGGCGCUGGAUGGGAGGCUGGUUCAAACUGGCGUAACUGUUGGACGCUUCUUGAUAGAUGUGCGGAAGGGAAGGAAAUGUAAUUUUACUCCGUGUUGCUAUGUAUACAGUCAGGGCACGGCACCCGUCUUAUUAAUGAUCUAAAAUCUACU